AUGCAUUGGUGGGAGCCAGAGAAUUUUGUAAAUCGAUAAAAUUUCGCGUUUAAAAUACGUGCCUGAAAGUAUCAACAAUUUUGCUUUAAACGAGCUGUCCAACCCGCAUUAUUUCGGUGCAGAAGUUUACCAGAGUAGGUACUUUUAUGUUUAGUGUUUUUAGAGUUUUUCGUUAAAAACCAGGAUAUUCAACAUGAAAUUCAUCGUGUUCGCGGUGGUAUUCGGUUCAGCCCUAGUAUUUGCGGCAGCUUCUCCAGCUGCGGAUACAUUUGAACAGCACGUACAAAAAAAACAAGAAGCUGCUGCCAAACAUUGUAAUGCUACUUAUCCAGUUACCGAAGAUUCACUUAAUAAAUUACGAACUCAGAUCGUCAAUGGAGACACGAUCACAACUACAUUGCACAAUAAAUGGUGUAAUUUGAUGUGCAUGCUUGAACAAAUUGGAUUCUACGAUGCUGAAGGCAGAAUGCAAGUUGGAAAGAUUUACAACUACACAUUGAAAGCGAUUCCUGAAAUUGAACCCAACAAGCAUUCGUUUUUGAUUUACUUAUUCCAAAUUGCUCGAUCGACCCAGCAUGCGGAAGAUAAAUGCCAGAAGGCUUAUGUAGGAUACGGUCGAUUUGUCGAAGCCGUUUUGAUACAUACCUUGGCUGUUGAUUUGGAAACUUUUGACGCCGCUACCAAGGAAAAAAUUGUCCAAAGUGUGCUGACUGGAGACGUAUUACCUAGUGAAUUACAGGGUACCAUAGCAAAAUGGUUUAAAAAUAACGAGUCAGUCAUCAAACAAGUAGCUGAAUAACAAAGAAACUGGUGUCGUCUCUGCCCCUGCUCCUGCUCUCGCAUUAGCUAACUCGAUAAUGUCUUUACAAUUCAUAUGUAUGUACCUACCUAUAAUAACUAUAUCUACUCAUUGAGAAGAAAAAAUUGUUCAUAUCAUAAUUAUCUCAAAAUAUGUCAUAUUUUAUAGAUUGCAUUUAAUUUAAAAAAUUAGGUAAGUAAUUGCCUAAUAAAAUUCGGUUACUUAUUUAGAAAA